AUGGCAGUUAUAUCGAAUGAUGCGAACGCAGUAUACAUAACCUUUGUCUCUUGCGUGAUUUUAUUUAAAGCGCAUCACAAAUUUUCUUAACAUUGAUUUUAUGUUAGAUUCAUUUUCUACGAAUUGUAUACGCGAUCGGAAUAAUUAAAAUUAUUAAAUUCAAUCGGAAUGGAAAUGAUUCUAUCGUCAAUAACGAUCGGACAUUCGAUUCCUUUCGUUCUCAUAGCCUAAACAAGGUACGCCGCUCAAAGAAUGGAUUCCGCAAGAGGCGGAAUGCGAUGAUCCAGUUAUGUUGCCUUCGACCGGUUAUUUCAAAACGAUAAAUUGUCCGUUUUAUGAGAACGGAUCAUGCGAAAGACCCUAUUGUCAUUUUAAACAUGCUAAACGAGAAGAUGCAGGAGGUACAGCAGGAAUGGCUGGAAUGGUGGAGACCCAGGCAACGUGUCAAACUCAAAGUUCAAAGGUAAAUGCCAUGGCAGCUUCAAAUUCUGAUAUGUUACAACAAUUGGUAACGGAAGCUGUUAAAAAGGUGCUCGCAGAUCAAGAAGUUACAGACACAGAUAAAUUCUCUAAAACUAUAGUUUCUCAAGUGGUAGAAGGGCUUAAACCGUCCCUAACUUCUGACUCUGCUUCUUCGUCAGAAAUAACUGCUAGUAAUAUUAUUGGAAAGCAUAUGAAUAUUCCUACGACCAUAACAAAACCUGUUCCUUGUGUUUACAAUCCAACGCCUAUAGCGGAAUUAAAGAAGAGGCAUAUACCAGUUGUUUCUUAUAUGCCAACUAGAGAAAAUAGAGUGGCUGUAAAACGUAAAUCAUCUCCUGAUAGAAUUAAACCCUGGCUGAGCGUAAUUAAAGAUCCAACGAGUUCUCAAACAACAGAGAUAACUUAUAAACCUACCGCAAUUUCUUGUAUCUCCGACCAAGAUUCUGUACAAAGUUAUGUACCAACAUUUAAAUCGGAUUCGUCCUCGUCAAAUUCAUACGAGGAUAGUAAUUCUAACGACAACAUUAUACCUAAAGUCAAAGAAGCUUAUUAUCCAAAAUCUAAAAAGAGAAGAGAAGAAUACGUUCCAAAGAAGGUAAAAGCUCCAUUGAAAAAUGUUCAACAAUUGGACGAUACUGUGUUGGAUCAAUUCGAGCCUGAGUUUGAUAUGAUCGGAGAAAUAUUAACGGCCGCAACGACCGCUCUUAGCACAGUACCGAGCGAGGAAUCGCAAGAUUAUUGUUUAGAUAUAGAGCCAAAGUUUUCCGACGACGAACCUAUGCCGGAUGAUACCAAAGAAAAGGAUUUAUCUAAUGUUGACAAAACUUCUUUUCAUAAUAUUGAAAAGAAAGAAAGAGACAAUAUACACGAUACAAAGGUCAUUGAUAAGAAAAGGAAACUAGAUGACGUAGAAAAUGAACUAUUUAAUAAUCACCGUAAUGCCGACGAUACUACCGCCGAAAAAACUAAAAGCAAGAAACGAAGAGAGUCUAACGACGAUAAGCAUAAGGAAAGAACAAAAGAGGACGAUAUGAUUAAGAAAAGUCAUAGAAGUAGUAGUAGAAGUAGUGAUAAGCACAGAAAAGACCAUAAUCGCUCAGAGAAAAAUAGUAAGGAAAGCAAGAGUUAUAAAUCUAGUACAACGGACAAACAACAUUCUUCGUCGUCAUUUCAUAAAGAUAAAGAAAAAAAUAAGAGCAGUAGUCAUGCUUCUAAAGAUUCUACAAAUAAAUCGAAAGAACGUUCUAGACAUAGGAACAAAGAUUCAUCUGUUGAAAGAACGAAUAAAGAUAAACAUAAGAGUAAUAAACAUGAGAGGCAUAGAUCAAAAACAUAUACCUCAAGCUCGAAGUCUGAUAAGCAUUCAUCUAAUAGAAGUCAUAGAAAUCAUCGAUCUAGAUCACGUAAUAGAUCUAGAUCGAGAGAUCGGACACGUAGUCCAUCUAAGAAAGAAAAGCACGAGGAAAAUAAUAGCGAUGAAAAAAAUACAUUGCCCGAUGAAAGAGAAUCUCUUAGCCCAUCCGAAUCCAUACCAGGUUCUUUCGAGAGAGCUAUUUUUGAUUCGUCCGAUUCUGAGCAUGAUGUGCAAGAGGAAUGUCUUAAAAUCUUUCAAGAAUAUAAAGUUUCCAAUCAUCCAAAAGUAGUAUCGAUUAAGGAAUCUGCUAAAGUAGAAAAUGAAGAUAAUGAGGAAGUUGGUAAAAAGAGAGUGGCACAUCCUUCGGCAGCUACUUCUAUAUUGCGACAGGUUGGUCCGAGUCAACCGCCUAAAAGACUUCAAAAUCCUCAACAGAAAAUGUAUGAAAGAUGGCGUUUGAUGAGGGAAGCGGCCGCUGAAAAGGCCGCUGAAAAGGCCGCUGAAAAGGCUGCCGAAAAAAUGGCCGCUAGUAAUAAAACUCAAAUAAUAUCUCCGCCAGCAAUACAAUCUGUCAAUGCCGUAAACGAUGAGUCAGUCGAGUCCGUUUCAACGAUAAAUAAUAAUGAAUUGCAAAUGAAUGGACAUGGUCGAGUUAGAAUCGCCCAUGUACCUUAUGCUAUGUCUCUUGCAUUGAAGAAGAAACAAGUUGCAGAGAAUGUAGGAAAAUUGGCUGAUGCUAAAGCAGGUGAUAGUAAAACUAUAGCUCAAACUAGUAAGGGUGGUGUACGAGUUGCUCAUGUUCCACAAGUGGUACCGCAGCUUGUACGUCCAGAACCGCUUCAACCUACAACGCAAAAGUUCCCUUUAAAUGUUCGUCAGUAUUAUAUUAACAUUAUGCACGAUGUAUGCGUACAGAUCUAUACGAACAGUGAGGACGCUGCACAACGUGCUGUACGCGAGGAAUUUACGUGUCAUGAAAAAUGUAAAGCACUUCCCGUAUAUAAAAAUUCGUGUAUGUUAGCUGCACAUAGAUUAAGAAAGGAGGUAGAUCAAAAUCGAUCAUCGGAUGGUAGUACAACGUUAGCUAGUGGUACUGUAUCACACGAAGCUGUCCUCGCUGGAAAAUCGAAAGGUUCUUGGAGUGUGUUGAAAACUAAAAAAGCAAUAACCGAUUUUAAGGGAGCAGCAUUGUAUAGUAUGUUAAAAAAAUGGAUUAUGAUUGAAGAACAAUUGCAAGAUAAUGGAUUUCCUCGUCCUCAUCCAGAUGGUACUAAGGGACGUGCUAAAGUUUAUGUUAUAAACACACGUAAUCAAACUGUACUAUCGAAAGUGCCUAACGAAAGAAUUUGUAGUCGAUGUGGUCAAAAUUAUAUGGUUGAUAGACACGGAUUUCCUGUACAGCAACAGAAUUGUAUAUAUCAUUGGGGAAAAAAAUUUACGAUCAGAGGAGAAGGCAAAUAUAGCUGUUGUCAACAAUAUGGAUCUGCUACUGGUUGUUGCGACGCUAAAUCACACGUAUGGGAUUAUACUGAUUAUGAAAAUCUUCGUGGUUAUAUAAAAACUUUACCGAAAGAUGGCCCCGAAGAAGAAAAAGGUGUAUAUGCGCUCGAUUGCGAGAUGUGUUAUACCACGCAAGGAUUAGAAUUGACAAGGGUAACAGUUAUUAAUGAUGAAUGCAAUGUUAUAUACGAAACGUUAGUUAAACCUCAGAAUCCAAUAAUCGAUUACAAUACAAGGUUCUCAGGGAUUACAGAAGAAGAUAUGAAAGAUGUAACGACAACACUUUUAGAUGUUCAAGCUACGCUUCUUGCUAUGUUCUCUAAUAAAACUAUACUAGUAGGUCAUAGUCUUGAAAAUGAUUUCAAAGCACUGAGGUUACUUCAUGAUACUGUGGUAGAUACCAGUGUCAUGUUUCCACAUAGAAAUGGUUAUCCUCAGAAACGGGCAUUAAAAAAUCUUUGUUCUGAUUAUUUAAGAAAGAUUAUACAAAAUGACGUUGGUGGUCAUGAUAGUAAAGAAGAUGCUGUAGCGUGUAUGGAAUUGGUACUGUGGAAAGUAAAAGAAGAAGCUAAAUUACAAUAAACACAAAAAAAAAAGAAAAAGAAAAAAGAUCACAUGAAAAUUAUUUGCAAAUAAAUAAAAUAACAAAUUGCGCUGUAUCGAUUAUACAGCUUUAUAUCAUUCUUUUCAUUUUCUUCUUAUUACGCGACACGCUAACUGUUAGUAAUAUAAAUAUAUAUAUAUAUAUAAAUAUAUAUACACCAUAUAUAUAUAUAUAUAUAUAUAUUUAUAUUUAUAUAUACAUACAUAUGUACAUAUAUAUGUAUAUAUAUUACACACACCACGCAGACAUACACAUACACACACUAACUUCCUAGAGAUGUAUCAUUUUUCAAGAGAAAAGUGUACAGUAUACAUCUUUUUCUAAUCAUUUUUUUUUUUCAGGAUAAAUGUUCGUACGUGCAGUUUCGUAUAGCUUGUAAUAUCAUUCAUGAUAUAUCACAAUUUCAUCUUUUUAUAUUUAUGAAUAUAAAUUAUUAGUUUGUUAGUAAGAAAAACAAAACAAAGAGAGAAAAAAAAAAAAGAAAGAAGCGGUAAACUCAUGUGUCGGGCUCUUAAAAAAUGCGUAUAUCUGUGUCGCGAUAUUUCGAUUAAUAUUUUUGUACUUCGUUAUUCUUACCUAUUUAUAUUUUAGAUCAUUAAAGAAACAAGAUGAGUUAA